AUGAAAAUCCCCACCAAGCAAAACACAAAAACAGUUGGGGGAUGGGAGUUGCUGUCACUUACCAUUAGCUUCCUCCAUACGGCUCAGUCGUAUGAUUCCCGAAUCGAAUCGAGUCAAAAGCAGAUCAGACAGAUUCGGAUGAGUGGGAGAAAAAUGAAAGACAAAAACAGUAGAGAAGAGGAUCCACAGAAUGGGAAGCUGAAGAUCCAGAGAUGUCCGGUCCUCCUAUCGAACUCGAACUCGAACUCGAACUCGAACUCAUGUGGAUGGGGGGGGCGACGCCGUUCUCUGCUCUUCCAAAACUCACCACCAGUCUUAAAGCCUGGAAUCCCACGCCACUUUCCGGUGGCAUCGAUUUGUCUGAACAGAACAUCAAUCGUCUUCGCCGUAGCCGGCAAUGGAAUAAUUUCAAGGGUGCAGAAGCAGAAACUGGAACGUUCAUCAUCAUCAACAUUCAAAAUGGCGUCUUCUUCUCCGCUGAUUGAUUUGGGGAGGAGGCAGCUUAGGAUUCGACCCAGUCCUGAAUUGGGUCUUCUCUCCCUCUUGUUCGUCCUCUCCACGUCUCUUGCAAGAUUUGCAGCUUCCAUGCAUAAAUUGUCCAAAGUUGUCUCCGAGGAGGUGCCCGGAACCUUGUUCUCCCUCAAACUGUCCGGCCUAGAGAUAAACGAUUUGACCCUAAAGCUUAGCAAUCUCAGUCAAAACAUAUCAGGAAGUCCAUAUGUAAGGGAAGACAAGAAACAAUAAUCACAGUUCUACCGGAUUUGGAAGAAGGAAUUACCACUAUUGCAACGGUUACAAUAGUCACAGGGCAGAGUUUACCUGGUUUGGAAAGAUACAUGAGGGCAUUCUAUGGUUCCCGACUUCAUAAUACUUGCUACAUCUUCUGAGUUCUGAGUAUGUAAUUUUGGGUAUCCACACUCUUUGCAUAACAGGUUCAUUUCUGCCAUUUCUACUCAUUCUAGACUAUGCUUGUUAUAUUUUGCUCAAUCACUUCUUUUUAUGCCUCUGUAGAUUUUGUAUAUUGACUCAUUUGAAUGAUAAAAGCCAACUUGAG